AGGCUUUCAGAUAUUUGGGAAUGAAUAUCGAUAAGGAUGUUUCAGCUCUGCUAUGUACGGCGAAAAAAUAUGUGACGCAGAAAGAAUUCAACAGACAAAAAAUGAAAUUCUUGUUAGAUGACAUAACUAAAUUGUUAUCGAAAUCUUUCGUUUCCCGAAUCGAGCAGUUAGACGAAAAUGAGUUCAUGGAAAAGAUAAUGAUCCUUCAGAGUAUAACAUUUACAUUACAUUUAAUAACAGAGAAGCAGGAACUUUCUUCAGAGGAAAAAAUAAGAUUAUUUCAAUCAGUGAUUGCGUCGAUGUGUGCCUUUGAGGAUGAAGAAUUGGCAAAAUGUUUUGACCGAAUUCUAUCAGUACUGAUGAUCUCUGUGACGAAACAAGACCCGAGAGAAACUAUUUAUUUCCUGCAAGGAUUACUGGAAGUUGUUAAAUAUUGUGACGUCGAACCUUCGUCUUCUCUGCCACAAUUAAUCACUCCUGAAAUUGCUUCAGCUAUUUCAUUAGGUGCCUCAGGAUUUUUUAGAUAUCAUUUGAAGUGGAAUAUCAUUUCAACUUUAUUCGGAGAAAACGCAGGAGAAUGCGUUCAUUUCGAUGAAUUGGUUCUGUUUUGGCCUCACUGCCGAUCACAGUUGGAAGACAAACUGAAAAAUGAUUGCUCGAUGACCGAAAAUUGCUUGCGUGCUGGAUUGACAAUCUUAAAAUAUAAAAAACUGCACAAUUCUAUUCUUGAUCAGGCCCUGUUCAUUGAUGAACUGUUUGCCACAUUUAACUCAUUAACUGCGAAGAAGUCGACCAAUCACAUGACGUUUCCAAAGCUAUUGAAUGAGAUACAACACUUUCUACAGGAUCAUGGCAAAGUUUUGAUUAUGCAUAAAGAACUUCGACAAAAACCAGUUCAAUGGCUCAUAAUUUAUUUAGAGUUAAUCGAUGAUGCAAAUGACAAGUUUGGACUACUAGAAAACUUUUCCUUGUUGUUGUUAGAUUUAUCGACAAACCAUGAUAUACAUGAGUUUCCUGCGAGGCUAUGUAUGACAGCAAGUGAGAUUUGCAUGCGGCGAAUCAAACACUCUAUUCAAAGUACACACACUGAUUGCCUUGCUGAUUACCUGGACAUAUUGGCGUCUCUGCUGAAACUUGCUCGAAUUCAGAAACUAGACAUUUUUCAAUGUUUUGCCACAGAGAUUGAGGCUCAUCAUUCCCUCAACAAUCCGCUUUGGCCACGAAUUCUUAGAUCUCUACUCAGUGUACAGAAUCCUCAUUGCCAGCAAUUCUGCAAGAAAUUCGUCCCGUCUAUAGACAAAUUGUGGAUCACAUUAUUGAAUGGCGAGUCAUCGAGAGCUACUUUAAACUCUCUUGUCAUUGUGACUGCGUCUUGUCCAUUUGCCAACAAUAACGAUGAAGGAGUGAAACAAAUUAUUCCAUUUUUAUUGAUUCCUUGUUUCCAGGAUUUUCGUGAUCGAGUUGGCUCAAAAUGGGACAACUUCAGAUUCAUUGGUUUACCAAAAUCGGAGCCGUCAGAAUUAAUUAACUUGGAACGAUUCACUACAGUUCUCGAGAGGAGCACAUCGGAAUCUACAAAAUUGCGAGCUGUAAACUGUGCUCUUCAACUUGAAAAGAAGACGGGAAAGUAUAUCAAUCUGGUAGCUGAAAUGUCGCUUGCAGUGUUUUCGAAAUCUCAAACCGACCGGAUUGCAAAUAGCUUCGAACCGCUUAUUCUGUUUUUGACAGAUAAUCUUCAGUUGAUUAAUGACUUUAUCACUAUUCUCAUCGCGAAGUUAUGCGAAAAACAAGAAUUCUAUAGUGAAUUAACAAUAUUGAAGUAUUUCAAGACUUUGCAAAAAUUAUUCUGCCUGGCUGCAAAUGGAAGAAAUUCUUGCAAAAAGUGCGGAGAAGAAUGUUUUGUUGAUCCGGAUUCAAAGGAAAAUGUCAAAAUCGAUUAUGAAUCGCUUUCUGGUUUGAUCAAAGGAAUUGUUGCGAGAAGAAAUACGUUUUCUCAAGAACUAAUUCGAGAGUUCCUGCAAACUUCCCGUGUAAUGCUAUUACACGUCGAUUCGAAAGGAAUUGCUUCCUCGUUCACAUCAAUUAUUAAAGCACUUGACAUUGGAUUUUCAGAAAAUGCCAAUGCAUACUUUCGUGUCUGGGAACUGGUAUGCUGUAGAAGUGAAGCCACCGUCGAGAAGAAACUACAGAUGUAUAUCCCGCUCAUCGGCCGUUCAUUUGCUCUGCUUGGAGAUGACGCUGCUUUGAAAGUUCAUGGCUUUUUAAGCAAUGUGUUAUCCGCAAGAUUGUCAAGUACAGUCAAAGCUACGCUCUUUGCUUCUUCGUUUGCUCAUUCCGUGCUCAAAAAUUGUGAAAUCGAUUGGAAUGUCUCAUAUACCUGGAAAACACAAUUCUCUCAGUGUUUGAUAAAAGCACCAGUAGGCACAUGUGAGGAAGCACUUCAAAUUAUGUUCAAACGAUAUUCUACAAUCUUCACUCGAUGCUUUUUAAACCGACUCUUCUUUGAUGCUUCUUCAGCUGGAGCUCAAAAACCAAGUUACGAUGAACACAGAAUUCGAGAAAUCACAAGAUGUUAUCUAUCUCACGUGCUAAGUGAUUUCAAUUUUCCGAAUCAGAAGAUCACAUUCAACAUGAUUCGUCCAAGUCUUCUCUACUGGUCGUUGCUUUCCAGUGCUCGCGGAAUAAACUCGAAGCUUACACUUUCUGUUAUCGACUUUAUCUGCCAAGAAAUGAGUGCCGCAAGUGUUUCAAUGUCUUCAAUCUCGCCAAAUCCAAGUGAUAUUCGAAUUGUUAUGAUUCAAAGAAAAUCACUGAUCACAGAGACAUUUGCACAACUUGUUCAAUUUCUUGCUUUCGAAAAUAAUAGGAAUACAACGUCGUUUUGGAAAUUUUGUUCGGAUCACUGUGAUUUUAAAGAUGAAGAUAUACGAACCGUGAUAAGCUCGUACAGAAAACAAGUUUUUAUGCAUUUACUACUUGUGUCAGCUCGAGAAUUUCUAAAUCCGAGAAACCCAUCAAUGAUCGUGGAACAACUUCGUGCAACGUACGAAAAUAUAAAGAAAGGAGAGAAAUUUAUGAUAUCGACUGCGAUUGAAACUCGUAACGAAGGAAUUGAAUUUUUAUUCAUUUUUCGGACAUAUUUCACAAACGAUCAAUACUUCUUGACGCGAGAGGCAACUGCUGAGAGCUUUCGAAUUUUGUUACAAAACAUGAAACAAGAUUUCUUUGAUACAAAUUGGUACAUAAUUUUGAUGACUCUGAGACAAAUUCCUCUGAAUCUCGACUCGACACAAUCAUCAUGGAUCUCGUUUAUUGAACAAAUCAACUAUUCCAUUCUUCGUUCGAAUAUUUGGAGAAUCCUCACAGAUAUCUCAAGAAUUGAAAAUAAUGACAUACUAAUAGAAAAAGUUUGGAACCGAUUGAGCUAUGAUAUGGUUAUCGAUAAAAUUUCAACUGAUGCAAUGAUCAAACGUGUGUUCUGGUUGAUUCCUCUGGAAGUCGAAAAAAGAAUUGAUUUGAAAUUUGAAAUAUCAAAGUCGAGACAGAUCGAAGAUGUUCUUGAAUUCAUUCGAAUGUUUCCACAAUAUCCAUCUGUUCAGUUUGCCGACAAUCUUGCGAGUAAAAUCGAAAGAAAAACCGUAUACAAAGAAGAAUUGCCUAAACUGAUUGGCUCAUUGUCUAGAAUUCUACCACAGUGUCAUUCGAAGAGAGAACAGAACAAAAUAAUUAAAAUUCUUCAAAAACUUCCCAUUAUCUGCUCUGAUCUUCCCGAUCAUAAUUUCAUUCGAUGGGAUACACGUUUCAAGUUUUUCUGUGAGCCAAGACAGUUGACUCAAGCAGUAUUAGAAGACUGUGCUGGAAUUGUGGAAGUGAUGACUGGAACGUCGAAAAUCGAGUAUGUUGAUCGUACCAUGUGUGAAAUAUACAAAUUUUUCAACCCAAACGAAGCAUCACCAGAGAUGAAGUCAACGUUGGAUGGAAUCAAGAACAUGUAUGCCAAGAUGAUUUGCUCUCAGAAACCCGAACCAUCGAUGAUUGAGCAAAAAACGAUUGAUGAAUUGAGUCUUGGAGGAUCUAGACGAGAGUCGUUUUCUCGAUGGUUAACUGUGAUUAUUCUAAAAUGUGCUGAGAUGUCCGAAGAUGCUCCACUUUCCAGUUUGGCUUCGAUUGCUCAUGUUGACGAUACACGAUUCCUCUCAAAACUUGCAAUGCGAUUUAUUCUGACUGUUAUACAUAUGGAAAGGGAUUCAGUUACCCAAUGGAUUCUAUCAACUUUCGAAGAAGCUUUGACAAAUACAAAUCAUCGAAGACUGACCAAUUCAGACAGAGGACCAGCUUCAUUUGUUUUCUAUGUCUUCGAUUUUAUCUACUCUUACAGUAGUUCAGAAGAGCUUCGAAAAAAGAAAAAGAUUUGGGAAAAGGUGAUUUCAUUCUGGAAAUCUAUGAUGAGUUGGACUUUCAAAGAUGAAAAUGGACAUGGUCAACCGUUAAUUGUCAAAGUAGCUGAAACAUUUGGAAUGGAGAAACGAUGUAUUCUAUGGCUGGAAAUGUUUAUGGAACAGAAACGGAAAACGUCGACUGAAAUUGAGAGUGAAACUGAAGCUGCGUAUUAUUUCACUUUAAUGAAUUUGUAUGGAAGAAUUCAUGAGUUGAAUGGUGUAAGAGGAGCAUAUGCUCGAUUGAGUAGAAUACAGAUUGAUCAUGUUUACGGAAAGAUUUCCAUGCGGGAAGCAUUUGGAGAUUUUAAUUCAGCAGCCUGUUUUGCUAGAAUGACUGGAAAAGGAAAACCGUUUAAUUCAACAGAAGCUAUCCAGAAGCUUAUCGACGAGCUGAAUUGUCUGGAAUAUUCUCAAAUUGAGAGAAACGAACAGGAGGAUUACUUGAACUCUUUGAAAACUUUAUCCCAGUGGGUAAAUAUUGAUAAUGAUAUUGGACCAUCACCUCACAUAUUCUCCAGAAACAUUGAAUAUUGGGCAACAGAGUCGACAAUUCUGAAAAUGAUUAGAAAUGAUGAACGAGAUGAAAUUGUGAAUAAUGCUAUUGAAAACGCCAAAUCAAAAGUUAUUGAACGGCUGUCUGAAUGUGCUAUUGGAGGAUCAUGUAGCUACGAAAUAGCAACACCAUUUUUGGUUGAACUUCAGAAAUUGAAUGAAAUUGUCGAAUUAAAGAAUGUCAGCAACGAUGAGCUUUCUGCUUUUAAUUCGGAUUUUUGGAAGAAUAUUCAAAAGAGGACUGAUGAUAGUGAACAGAAAAUUAGCAUUUUGGAACCAAUUCUACGUGUCCGACGAUCAAUGCUAGACAUUCGAAUGCAAUCGAUGACAGGAAGAGAUAAAGAAAAUAUUCGUUCAAGAAUAGUAGAAGUUCAUCUUCAAAGUGCUAGAAUUGCUCGUCUCACUGGAUGUUUCGAACGAGCUCAAUUGUCACUGAUUAAUGCUAAAAAAGUUUUACCCUUUGAAAACAAAAUUGUAUUGGAAGAGGCCAAACUUCAACUACAGACAUCGGACGAGCUGAACGGAAUGAGUUUGCUCGACAGCAUUAUUUCAAAGAACUUUGGAGAUCUUCAUACAAUUUACACAGAUACCCAACAAUCUGUAAAUCUAGAUGUCCAGAAAUCUGCCAAAUUGAAAAUCGAACACUAUCAAGAAGAGACGAAGAAUCUAUUCUCAUCAGUCCAAAUGCUUCGAAUUUCGCAUAUGAUCAAAGCGGGAAAUACAAUUGGUUUUGAUAAAGUUUAUCACGAGACAACUCAACUUCUUCAGUGUUUUGCUCAUUCUGGAGUUAUGUAUGAAGCUGCGUGGUUGUUGGAUUAUCUUUCAAAUUAUAAGGAAAGAAGCAAACAUGUACUUCCGCUACUGAAAGCUUAUAAAGAAGUUGCAAAGUACGAGAAGAAUCAAGUUUUACAAGCCCGUGCAGUUGAAAGAAUGACAUCACUUUGGUUAAGCAAUACUCGAAAAAUUAGCACUCAUAUAUCCUCUGUUCCAAAACUGCCAGAAGGACAAAUUUCGGACCUACGACAAAACAUCAAGUCCAUGAAUCGAGAAAUUCAAACAGCCCUGGAACAUAUUGGAUGGCGUGCAUUCUAUCCAGCAUACGCAGUUCUCGCUCGUCACAUUGAUCAUCAAGACGAAGAAGUGACACGAACCAUCAAACAAAUCAUGAAACAGUUGAUUCUUCGAAUGCCACAUCAAUGUAUGUGGCAAUCAGCAUACUUGCUUCGUCAAAACAUUGCAUCUGUCAAAGAGAAAUAUAUGGAAGUGUUAACAGAAGUUAAACGAAAAGCUCCAUGUUAUGUAACGUUAAUCGAUCAAUAUGAUUAUGCGUCUGGAGUAUUUAAUACGGUCUCUGGAAAAGUUGAAUCAGAUGACUGUAAAUUGUCGGAGAAGGUUGAUGGUCUCAAGACUAUGUUCAGAGAUAAGAAAUAUGAUCCGAAAGAGUUGGUGAUGAAUCGAAGAGUAGACUGUGAUUGUAAGAUUCUCAGUGGAAUUAUGGUACCUGUCCGUUCGGUUAUUGAUGAAUCUGUUCACGACACCGAAAUUAGGGAUGAUGGGUUCGAGGAAUCUUGUCAUUUGCCCGAUCGAUACCUUAUUCAUGAUUUCAGCGACAAAGUCAAGGUUCUUCAUUCGAACACCAAACCUGUAAUCAUUAAACUCACGACGAAAACCGGACGAAUAGUCAGAUUGAUUUGUAAAAAAGACGACGAUCUCUCUAAAGACUAUCAUUUCACGAAAAUGGUGGAGAUGUGCAACGAUCUACUAAUGAAGGACGAGCAGACACGGAUCCAAAAAAUGACAGCCACAACAUAUUCUGUCAUUCCACUUGGAAAACAAGGUGGAAUCAUUGAAUUUAUGGAAGGAGUGACAUCAUUUUACGAAACUCUUGACAAACUAAUGGGAAUGACUUCUGGUGAAUGGUUGGAGAAGUUGAAAUUCUGGAAUACACACAUGAAACCAAUGGGAAAAGAAGAACGAACAAAAUACUUCCGCGAAGUUGCUUGUAAAAAUACUCCAGUUGUGAUGGGAAAAUGGUUCCGUAUCCAAUAUCCAGAAGCAGGGCAAUGGUUUGCCUCUCGGAAAUUGUUUGCAAAAUCAACUGCUGUCAUGUCUGUUAUCGGAUAUAUUUUUGGACUCGGCGAUAGACAUACAAAAAACUUGAUGGUACAUACGACUGGAAAAUGUAUUCAUGUAGAUUUUGACAUGAUAUUCAACAAAGGUGAAACAUUGGGAACUCCUGAAUUGGUACCAUUCCGUCUUACACAAAAUAUGAUCAACGGAAUGGGCGAAGUGGCACUUGAUGGAGAAUUCAGGACAGUAUGUGAACAAGCACUUCGAGUUUUCCGAGAAAACUCAUACGAAAUUGAGAAAUAUAUUGCUGAUCUGCCAAAUCUUGUUGCAGAUUUUCCAAGUAACAAAAGAGCUCCGAAAGAUUUCGAUAUGUCAGAAGCAAAGCGACUAGUAUCAGGACGUCUUCGCGGUCAAAUCAUGACGGCAAAGCUCUAUCGAAGUAAUCCAAUCUCUCAUCCAAUGCAAGUAUCACAACUCGCAUCAUCACUCAUUGAACUUGCGACCAGUGAGGAGAAACUCAGUGAGAUGUAUCUCGGUUGGAUGGCGACCCUCUAAGAUCUCUUUUUUACGUGUAACAUGAAUUAUCUCGGUCUCAUUUGAAAAUAUAUUACCGGUCUUUGAACUAAAUAUUUAUUUGAGCUUGAUAUUAUCUGUCGAAUAAAUUUUUAAUUUUU